AUGGAAAAGCUGUUGCAGUGGUCGAUUGACGCCGCUCAGAACCCCGGCCACGCUGGUGAGCCGGAUCCCAAGCUGCUUUCCCAGCUGUUCGGAUUCGACAACCCGCGGUCGACUAUGCGUGACUCGCUUCAGGAGGCUGUGCAGGCCACCGACCUCGCGUCGCGCACUAACGCUCUCUUGGAGUUCACCGACCUGGUCGAGGACAUGAACAAUGCCAACGAAAUCGGCAACCUGUGGGAGCCUCUUUUGUACUUGGUGAACGACAGCGAAGCUCAGAUCCGCACUGUUGCUUUCAGUGCUAUUGCUGCUGCCACGCAAAACAACGAGAAAUCGCAAAACGACCUUGUUGCCACAAAGGCCGGCAUCCCCAGAAUCAUGGAGCACAUCAACGAGGCAGAUCGCGACGUGGCGGCCAAGGCCCUGUUUGCUCUUUCUUGCGCAAUUGGCCACUGCCCAGGUGCCUACGAGCAGUUCGCCGCUACGGACGGUUGGUCUAUUUUGAGCUAUAUUGUCGAGAACGAGACUGUUGGAGAGAAAAUGGAUAAAAAGCAGCAGCGAAUCGUCUCGUUGGUCUCGGCGUUGGUGUCUGUUCAGCAGUUCCGUCCUGUUUUCAGCGAACUCGAAAAGACCCAGAUCGUGGCCACUCUCGAAAAAUGGUACCCGUUUGCAGGCAAUUACAAGGAGCGUUUGGAAGACCUGUUCAUCCUCCUCAAAGACCAAAAAUACGAUGAACCUCGACUGCUCCCCAUGAAGGCCUCAUCGUCUUAG